AUUACUUCUCUGGGAGACAGCUGCUAAGAUCAUCUUGCAUCAAAAUGUUUCUAACUUUUUUUUCUGAUAGUAUUCCCAGUUGGACAGAAAGCAUCUGAAUCUGCUUGGAUCAUGAGGAAGAUGAAAUAUUCCUGGGCAGCCUUUGCAGGAAGAGGCAGCAAGUGGGAGAAAAUGGCUGGGGAAAAUGCAAGGAUGCUGCCCAAGGCCACGCAUGAGGAAAGAAAGAAGCAGGAAGCGAAGAGGAGAGGGAAACUGAAAACCAUGGCAGGCAAAUUACUAAAGUCCGUGGCUAGUGGGAAAGAGACAGCGGAGGAUAAGGCUGGCAGUGAGGAUGUGGCAGGGAAUUUGCUGAAGACAGCAACCAGUAGGAAGGGAGCAGAGGGAGAGAUGCCUGCAGAGGAAACCAUCUGUGGAUUCAUUGAGCAAGGAAAAUUUUUUGAAGCUUGUGAUCAUAUUUAUGACCUGGAACAUUCUGGAAAUGAUGGUGUGGGAAAAUCUGAAUCACUUUAUAUGCUACUGGCUGAACGAAUGUGGACUGUGGUGGGCGAAGCACUCAGUGGAAGCGGUAGGAUGUUCCUGGAGCCGUUGCAGUCGGUGGGGGAAUCACUGAAGUGGCAGAAGCAGAAGGAACCAGAGUGGCUUGGCAGCGGCCAAGAGACAGAGUCUGUUUCCACCUGGAGUCCAAACUUUUGGAGGAAAGAUCUGGAGGAAAAACUAAUACAGUACAUGACAGCCCAGAUUCCCCAGUUUGGGUCCUCUAGUAACACAGACAAGACCGCACUACACCAGCAUCUGAGUCAGCUGGAAUCGACAUUUCUCCCCAGCCUGGAGUACAGAAGUGAUGUCUUCAAGGAAGCCGGACUGCUUGACACCUAUGCCCGCUGCUGUCAUGCCUCUUUGUCUUCUCACCUUUCCACACUUACUGACAGUAACCAUUUCAGCUUCAGCCAAUGUCUUUCAGUUUAUGAAUGGGGCCUUAAAAUGUACAAAAGUGGCAGCGAGACAUGUCUGAGACCCAGGGAGACCCCCCAACACAGCCUUUCCCUUGGUGUACAGUGUCUCAUGUGGAUUAUAUUGAAGACUGAGGAAAAGUUACUUGCAGUCACCCGGAAGGAAGUAGGGAAAGCCCUGAAAGAAGCCUUUGAUAUUGGGAAACCCCCUUGUGCAGAUGCUGCAGUCAUUCAGAUACUAACAGAGAAGAUGGAGGCUGCCUGGCGUGUCAGUGAGAGCCUGAGUGAGAAGGUGGAAGCUGUGUGCCUGGAGGAGUGCUUGAGGUUCCUGGAGAGCUAUGAAAAUGAAGUAAGAAGCUUUCUCCAGCUCGAUGGCUGCCCAGGGAUCUGCAGCGGCUUACGAAUCUUGGAGAACUGCUGCAUUCUCAGGAUUGUCUGGCAUAAGCUAACAUACAUUUGCAGUGCCAGCACUGGUCAGGAUGUUAAGGUAAAUGGAUUUCUGGACAGGAUGGAAGAUGAGAUUUCGGGGCAUUUUCUGCAGGCUGUCACUUCUAAAGUCAAGGGAACACUGAAGGAGCACUUCAAAAAGUGUGACAGUGGUUUUUACCACAUCCUUGAAUCCUUAAAGCAAAGCUUUUUGGCAUUUGGGAAGAAAAAAACAGACACGUAUGAGGCCCUGGUCAAGGCUGUCAACACCAUCAUUAUUACAGAAUAUGUGCAGGCCCUCCUGACCACUUCCAGGAAAUCAUCUUCUGUGCAGAGGAGGAUGAUUGUCAGCAAGAUAGAAGAAGAUCAUAGGAUACUGCAAACCGUCUUUAAAGAGUGCUUAAGUCCUGCAGCUGGUCCCCUCAAGGAUCCUAUAAAAGCAAUUUUAGAACUUAUUCAAACUUCUGAUGCUGAGGGGAUGAAAAUAGCCCUUCUGCCCAUUCUCAAAGAAUUUCCUGAUCUAAGGAAGGAACAUCUGAGUGCAGUGCUGGACAUCAAAGACUCGCUCAGCCGAGAAGACAGAGCUGCUCUCUUGAAGGCAUUUCACGAUAAUUGCAGGGAAUCAGAAACAGAACCAGACUUGCUUUUUGCAGAUAUAGAAGUAAAUCCUAGAAAAUAUGGACUCUGUGGAUGCUUCUGCUGUUAGCAAAGGCCUGCUGCGAGAAACAUGAGGUCUCGCUCCCAUGUGGCAGCAUCUGCAAUCACAGCUCCUUGAAAGCCUCAGGGACCCGUGCAGCCGGGUGCACAAAGCCUGACAGCUAUGGAAGAUACAAUUCCCGCCUGACAGCUGUGGAAGAUACAAUUCACGCACUUUUGCAGGAAAACCGCGUGGCCCCAAUCCUAAUCUUCUACGCAAAGUCCAGGCGGAAGAUGAAUGGGAUAUGGCAGAAAGACAUUCCUUCAAAAUUUGCUAGAGAUUGCCGCUUAACUGAGUCCUGCUGGUUAUUCCCAGGAUGUGGCAUGGUGGUGUGUGGAGGAGGAGGAAGGUUCCCCCUCACCAAAUUUCUGUUUCCAUCCCUCGUUUCAUGCAAUCUCACAUGAAACCAGGGACUGCUGCACCACAUGGUGUCCUAGCAGAUGACAUGGCAUCGCAAACUUCCCCAGAGACCCAGGACCCUCCAUUAGGGAAUCCUGCCUAGCCCAUGGUGCUAGCGGUGCCUGCGGGUUUGGGCACCUGGAUCAACCCCCCGAAGCCUGACCUGCACCAGGAGGGGUGCAGACAGAGCUGCCUCUUCCCUCGCUCCCCACACAAGAAGACUGUGACCUGCUUUGGGGGCAACCUGCCAUGCUGCCAGCUGUGGAAUGGGAAGCUCUUCCCAUGUGAUUUUUACAGCUGACUCUGGAGCAGAGUCUUGCAUUCAUUUUUAUACCUCAGUUACUGGAAAUUUCCUCUUGGAGAGGGAGGGAAAGCCUCAUGGGAAGCAGGCAGUGAAAGGAGUUGUUUGUCCCAGCCUCCAGGCAAGGUCUGUGCUGUUUUCAGAUGUAAAUAGGCAGUUCCGCCGGGAAAACACUGACUUUUCUUCCCAGUUAUCUAUGGACUGGUCACAACCUCCAAGCUGGAUUUGGUUCAAGGCCCUCCUUUGCUAUUGUGUUAAUAUAGGCCAUUACCGCUCCUCUCUGGCCGUGUAAACAAGCAAAAAAGCUCUGCUACCUCAGACGUGCCAGUGCUUUUCUGAGCAGCCAUUCCCCCUCAAAUCUGCUUCCCUAACAAGAAAAGGGGCAAAUUUGUGCAUAACCCAUCAAUGUGCGAGGCGGGGGAUGUGUCAGGCCCUGGGAAAGCGCAGACUCAGGUGGGUGCUGCCACCCUCUGCAGUGCCGUGCCGUCACCCCAGGGACGCGGGUGUCUUGGCUCAGAGGCAGCUUGUCUGUGGAUGGGGUCCUGUGAGCUUGACAGGCGCCGGGGCAGGUUUAUAACUGUCAUGAGCUUUGCUCCUGGCACAGCGCUGAGCGUGGGGUGAGUGGCAGAGAAGCGGGAAAGAACAGGCUGCUCCAUCGGCAGGGAGUCCUCUGUGGGCUUUUGGGGCACCACGAGACCUCGGCAUCGAUACACUCCUCACAUCGUUAACGGGCAGUGAGAGCGUCCCGUGGCCUGCCUGCCCUUCCUGACUGCACGUCUGCUUCAAAGGCCCAACUCCUGUGUCCCUUGCACUUUAUAGCUGUCCAUUGCAGCUUCAGUGAGACUUUUCCCGGGAUGUGGGGAGGCUGGAAGAGCUGGCGGAGCUGCAGCCUGGCCGGGUGGACGCGGGUCGGGCUGUGGGGCUGGGUGGACGCCUGCCCGCCAAAGGGUGCCAGCCCUGCUGGGCAUGCUGGGCCAGUCACCCUCCCCUCCCGCCUAAUUGCACAUUUUUUUCAAGGGCAGGAAAGGAUGGCAGACCCGACUGCGACAGCAGGGUCAGAGUCAGCCUCUGCCGAUGGGGAUUUCAAGCAACAAGCCUUCCAGAGAAAAUAAAUAAAAACCCCUCUGACAUUUCGAUCACGGUUGGGCUAAAAAUAAUCCCACAGCAUGCAGACGGCUCCUGCCACGUGCAUGUUGAUGUCUAUGUACGUCUCUGCCAUUUGACAUUCGCAGUCAGACGAGGGUAUAUUCUGCUUGCAUGCAGUGUCUGGGAGCCGUGGGGGACGCCGGGCUUGCCACCAUCGACCCUUCGGAUGAGCUGGCUGAGGACAAGCCCCGCGCCAUCAUGGCUGCCGCUGUGCCUGUCCUCGCUGGGUGGGCAGGGGACAGGCAGCACCUUCUGUUCUGUGUGUGUGCAGAGAAGCACCGCUUUCGAUGAGGUUUCUUAGCAGCAAGUUUCUGCACCCUGUGUGUAGCAGCCAGUCACGGAGAGGGCAAAUAAAGACUUGAGUUUGUCCA